AGUACAGAUGGAGCGAAACUCAGAGGGGAAGGUACGGAACAGGAACAACAGAAAUUAGGGCUAGUGAGGUAUAUUAAUGGAAGAGACGGAGAGAUGAGAAAGAAUACAAUUACCCCAAAGAGGCUUGGGGUCAACAUGCAAAUGAAGCCACCAUCGUCUCGCUCCUCUCGUCUCUCUCCCCUGCUUCUUAUCUUACUAGCUUUCAUCCUCUUCGCCUCCGUCCUCUAUGGCCACAACCUCCUCUUCAUCUCUCGUCAACAUCCCCACUUCUCCGAUCCCCCUGCUCGUCCUCCGGAGAAGGUCGUAAGGCUGCAGCAGAAGGCGGUGCCGUUUGCCAUCGGGAGAACGGAGGAGGGGUGCGACUUGUUCAGCGGGAGGUGGGUCCGGGACGAGGCGGCGGGGCCAUUGUACGAGGAAUCGGAGUGUCCGUACAUACAGCCGCAGCUGACGUGUCAGGAGCAUGGGCGGCCGGAGAAGGAGUACCAGCACUGGCGAUGGCAGCCCGACGGUUGCGAUCUUCCCAAAUUCAAUGCGAGUCUGAUGCUGGAAACACUUCGCGGGAAGAGGAUGAUGUUCGUCGGAGACUCCUUGAAUCGAGGUCAGUACGUCUCCUUGGUCUGUCUUCUUCAUCGCCUCAUUCCUCAGGACGCCAAAUCCAUGGAAACCUUCGAUUCACUCACCGUCUUCACGGCCAAGAACUACAAUGCCACUAUCGAGUUCUACUGGGCGCCAUUUCUUCUGGAGUCCAACUCUGACAACGCCGUCAUCCACAGGAUAACCGACAGGAUUGUGAGAAAGGGUUCCAUCAACAAACACGGUCGGAACUGGAAAGGCGUCGACAUCAUCGUAUUCAACACCUACCUGUGGUGGAUGACCGGCUCCAAGAUGAAGAUCUUGCUUGGAUCUUUUGACGACAAAGUGAAAGACAUAGUGCAUAUGUCAGCUGAUGAGGCUUAUCGCAUGGCAAUGAAAAGUAUGGUGAAAUGGGUGAAGCAGAACAUGGACCCUAAUAAGACGAGAGUCUUCUUCACCAGCAUGUCUCCUUCUCAUACAAAGAGCAUAGAGUGGGGAGGGAGAGAGGGAGGGAACUGCUACAAUGAAACGAGGCCGAUGGAGGAUGUUAUGUAUGACUGGGGAGGGGAGGCGGAGAGAAGCAUAAUGAGAGUGAUAGGGCAAGUGUUUGGGAAAUCCAGAGUGGGCAUCACGUUCCUCAACAUAACGCGGCUCUCAGGUUACCGCAAAGACGCUCACACCUCCAUCUACAAGAAACAAUGGAACCCUCUCACUCCUCAGCAGCUAGCUAACCCUACUUCAUACGCUGAUUGUGUUCACUGGUGCUUGCCUGGCCUCCAAGACACUUGGAAUGAGCUUCUCUUCGCCAAGCUCUUUUAUCCUUAGAUUCAAUCCGACCACGGGACAGGAGGAAAGAAAGGAAUAAUUUGUCUACUGUGUAAAAUAGGGACUGUUGAUCUAUUGAAAGACAGGGAUCAGAUGGUGUAUGCUGGAAAAUUGAUUGAUUCUUUUUGUUAUAAGCCUCAUUCACGUUUUGACAUGCGUUGGGCUCGAACAAAGUGCCUCAUUUAUGAUGAUUC